AUGUGCAGAGACAAGGACAAACUGGUUAUUCGGAGGAAAGUCGGCCGGUGGAGCGUGUAUGACUACACUGCUUGCGCGCACCCGGACUUGACAAAGUACAUAGCGCGGAUGGACAAAAUUCUUCCGCGGGCAAGAAACAACAGCUUUCUCUUGGACCGGGAGUCCUGGUACUCGAUUACUCCCGUGGCCCUGGCAAACUCCAUCACAGAAGCCGUUCUAAGCAAAUUCCAGACGCCUGUCCGCGUGCUGGAUCUGUUUGCAGGCGUGGGCGGAAACACGAUUUCUUUUUUAAAGUACGAAAAUUCUGUGGACUCUGUGGAGAUAGACUAUGCGAAAGUGCGAUGUCUUCGGCACAAUGUGAAGAUGUGCACGAGCGCAGAUAAGCACACAGUACAUCAUAUGGACGUGUUUUGCCCGGAAACUCUGAAGAAACUUCGGCCGUCGUACGAGGUGCUUAUGGCAAGCCCUCCCUGGGGUGGGAUCUGCUACAAGAAGUGCAGCGAUGUGGAGCUGUUUCGGAGCUGCAAAGUCCUUGAGAUAGAGGAUAUUUAUGCGAGCGUGGCAUCGACGCGGAUAUACAUGCUUCCCCGGAAUCUCUGCAACCGCGUGUUUGCACUUCUUGGGAAGCCGUAUUUGGUGUUCCCAGGGGCUUCCUUCAACGGGAAGACGGUUGCUAAGAUCCUGGUGGUUGGCGACACGUCUUCGUUUUUCCUAUAA